UUUCUUCUCAUCGGCUUUCAGGAACUUGACGCCGCCAUUUUGAGCAGUUUCUUCCUGAACUUUUUACACCUUAACAACUUUCUUCGGAAUUGUGAAAAAACGCAAAAAUGGGAGCUUGUUUGGCUCUUAGUUCUCUUGCCAGUUGCGCAUCCUGUUUGUGCGGCUCGGCCCCCUGCCUCCUGUCGUCAUGCUGCCCUUCAACGUACAACUCCACCAUGACCCGGCUUGCCUUCUCCUUCCUCCUGCUGCUCGGUACUCUGGUGUCCAUCAUCAUGAUCCUCCCCGGCAUGGAAGAUCAUCUUAAAAAUAUUCCGGGUUUGUGUGUUGGCGGAGCCUCCAUACCGGGCCUGGAGGGCAAGGUGAACUGUAGCAUCAUUGUGGGCUACAAGUCGGUUUACCGCAUGUGCUUCGCCAUGACCUGCUUCUUCUUCCUCUUCUCCAUCAUCAUGAUCCGAGUGCGCAGCAGCAAGGACCCCCGAGCCGCUCUCCAAAAUGGUUUCUGGUUCUUCAAGUUCCUGGUGCUUGUUGGUAUCACUGUGGGAGCGUUCUUCAUUCCAGAUGGCACCUUUACCACAGUGUGGUAUUACUUUGGCGUGGUGGGUUCUUUCAUCUUCAUCAUCAUCCAGCUCAUCCUGCUGGUGGACUUUGCCCACUCCUGGAGCCAGUCCUGGUUGGAGAAAGCCGAGGAGGGAAACUCCAAGUGCUGGUUUGGAGCUCUGCUGACCUGUACCCUCAUCAAUUAUGCCUUGGCCUUUACUGCUGUCGUGCUGUUUUACAUUUAUUACACCCAACCCGCUGACUGCACUGAGCACAAGGUGUUCAUCAGCCUGAACAUGAUUUUCUGCAUCAUUGUGUCAGUCGUAGCCAUUCUGCCCAAAGUGCAGGAGGCCCAGCCAAGCUCAGGUCUGCUCCAGGCCUCCCUGAUCUCCCUCUACACCAUGUAUCUGACCUGGUCAGCCAUGAGCAACAACCCCAACCGCCAGUGUAAUCCUAGUCUGCUGAGUCUGGUCCAACCCAGCAGCCCAACUCCAACAGGACCUCCUCCAACACAACCCCCUGGCGGUGUCCAGUGGUGGGACGCACAGGGCAUUGUGGGAUUGGUCAUUUUCUUGUUCUGUACCCUUUAUGCCAGUAUCCGCUCCUCCAACAACGCCCAGGUGAACAAGCUCAUGCAGACGGAGGAGGGUCAGGGUCUCACCGCUAACAUCGAAGCCGCGGAAGGAGAAGAUGGGGUCCGACGGGCCGUGGACAACGAAGAAGACGGAGUCACCUACAGCUACUCGUUCUUCCACUUCUGCCUCCUGCUGGCGUCUCUGUACAUAAUGAUGACCCUCACUAACUGGUACAAGCCUGAUACUGACUACAGCGCCAUGCGGACCACCAUGCCCGCUGUCUGGGUGAAGAUCUGCUCCAGCUGGCUCGGCUUGGCCCUCUUCCUCUGGACCUUGGUGGCUCCGCUGGUGUUCCCUGACAGAGAUUUCAACUAAAGUCUGUCACCAGGCAGGCAGCUCUUGCAGUUUGCACCACUUUAUCUUAAAAUACAUGAGCUUUAUUGGUAGCUUUGUGGCUAAAGUUCCAUGUUUCAGUUUGGCAAGAAACCUUAGAUUUUUUUGUUAAAUAGAGCUUUAAUCACACAUUCCACUGUUUCACCUCAGGUAGUUUUUUUUACCAUUAUCUUAGCCCCUCCCAAAGUGGCAACUGUCAAAACCUUAGUAAUCAUUACUAGGCACAGGAAGCACAUCAGACUGAAACAACAAGGGAAAGUACAGCAGACAGUCCAACAGCUGGUAUCCCUUAAGUUUAUGGGGGGGGUAGUAUUUAUACCUGUGAAGCCAAACAUUUAGAGAAGUUGGAUUCAAUGAAGGGACUCUUCAACACUGUUUUCCUAUCAACACUAUUGCAUAUUAUAUCAAUGUUUCCCAACUUGUUUUGACCAAACGCCGCCUCGUCAUUGUGCCCUCCCCCCCCCGUAAAAAAAUUGGCGAGGGGGGUGACAUAAAUUCGCCAUUGAGAUUACAUGCUGGUAGUACAAGAACAGCACCGCUUGUGCUAAUAUUGAUACUUAAACAUUGUGAUGACUAACAGUGACUAACACCCCCCAUUUCUGUCUCAGCACCCCCCUCUCAGCUUUCUGGUUCCAAAUGCCCCCUGACAUUGUCCCAACACCACCUGGGAGGCGGUAUCGCCCCCGUUGAGAAACACUGUAUUAUAUACGGACAUUAUGAGAGGACAACACAAGUCUGCGGACCGUACUUACUGAGGAAGAAACUUGGAGUUGCGAUUUGCCCCCCCCCCCAUUAUUUUAUGACAUUAUAUAGUAGGUAAAGGACCAGUCAGAUAUUGACCAGAUACUCCAAAAGAUAUACUUGAAAAUGUCUGUUUAUACUUGUGAAAUAUGAGGGAGAAUUGGACAGAAAGGACCAUAAUUAUACUUCUCUUUUUUUAUUUGUUCAGACAAGGUAUAGCGUUUUUAGAUGUUAUGUAACAUCUAAAAAAGCUAUACCUUGUCUGAACAAAAGAAAAAAGAGAAGUAUAAUUACAUAAACAGAAGACAAAAUGAACGUCUUUAGCCUUAUCAAGGACCAUAAUUACUUAACAUUUGAACUCCAGGUUCAGAUGCUAAAAACAUGAGUAACAUUAGCACAUGAUUAUGAAGACAGUUGAGUAUUAAGUAUAAGGAUCUAAUUCAAGUCGGUUUGUUGUGUGGCUUAGACGUGAAGUAAUUUAGACACUAACACAGACACUAGCUAACGUAGCACACAGAUGUUACUAAACACAGACACUUCUAUCUUACACCCAGUGACCUCAAAUAUAGGUCUUUAUUGCAUACUGCACUCUUUUCUGUCUGCUUCUCCCUCAUAUAUAUCAGAACUUUCCCAGAACAGGUUUGACAGGUGUCGCCGCAGUAACUUUGGGGCGGUCUAUUGUUUUAUUCACUGUUACCAAAUACUCCAGUUGUGAGCACUACACAUAUUAACAAAAUCAGACCAAAUAAGGCUUUGCUGAUCACUGCUGAGAAGUUUUUACCACACUAGUGAUAUGUUCAGAUUCUUUUUUUAAUCACGUAUGAAAUCAGUUUCAUUUCUGGGAAGCUGUUGUUUUAGGCUGGAUACUGUUCUGAACUUCUAUACUACUGCGAAGAACUUUGCUUCAAUACUGGUUCCUAAAUGUACAAUUUUUUCCCCAUUUUAACCAAGAAGAAAAGUACAGAUAUUUACAAUACAAAUAUUUCUGCUCAUUUGAAUUUUUAUACAUUCAAUAAAAAUGCAAAUACACUAAAAAUAUAUGAAAUCUGUCAGCCUGCUUGCACAGAACUGUUGAAAGUUACUGCUAACUCCUAAAAUUGGAUAACCAACGAUGCCAGACGGUUUUAAUAAUCAGUUGUAUCGAAGCAAUUUGGUUGGCGUUAUAAAAUCCCUGAAGUCUGUUACCCAGCCUUGCUACUUCUCAUAAUUAUACAUUUUUAUUCACCUAGUUUUAAGUGCCUUAUAUUUUGCACACAACUGACUCAAAGGGGACCAUUUUUGAUGUCUUUGAAUGUUUUUCUCAGCAGUUUAUAAUGCAACGUUGCAAACCGAAUGUUUAUUUUUCAUUGCAAUCAAUAAAAGUAAAGAUAUCCAAUUU